AAAAUGAUUCAUUCUGGGAACAGGACCACUUUAUUCAAGAGCUUUGUGAAGCCGGCGGAGAAACCUUAAAGUUUACUCCCAAUUACUACACUUCCCUUAUUGAGCAGGACUUGAUAUUCCUUCAUUAAUGUGCGCAAAGAUCAAGAGGAUAGCUCUACAUCAUCGCCUAGUUCAAUCCAGUGCUUCAGGAUAAGCUUGGACGAUGAAUGCAAGACAACCUGAACAGCUGCCACUGACCCGAUCUUCAGUUCUUGCAGCUCAUGACGUGAUCAAAUCGCGGGCUCAUCGCACGCCGAUCUUCACCUCUUCCAGCCUUUCCGCGGGCAUUACGGCAGGCAAUAACCUGUACUUCAAGGCAGAAAAUUUGCAAAAGGGCGGUGCCUUCAAGUUCAGGGGUGCAUCCUUUAACUUAUCCCGCCUUUCCCACGAAGAGCUGCAACGUGGAGUUUGCACACAUAGCUCUGCAACUUUACCCGUAGGAAAUCAUGCCGGUGCCCUAGCAUUGGCCGCUAAAGAGCGAGGAAUCAAGUGCUUCGUUGUAAUGCCCUCUAACUCGUCCCAGGUUAAGAUAGAUGCUGUCAGGUCUUACGGCGCCGAAAUAAUGUUCUGCGAGCCAAAUGCGCCCGCACGAGCGGCGACACUUGCAAUGGUACAAGCUCGCACCGGCGCGACUUUCAUACCGCCGUACGAUGCUAUCAACACCAUCCUAGGACAGGGGACAGCUUUCUUGGAGCUUUCUGAACAAGUGCCAGAAAAACUCGCAGCAGUGAUCACACCUGUUGGCGGUGGCGGCUUGCUUGCGGGGACUGCGCUAGCAGCAGAAGGGACAGGUGUCCGAGUUUUUGGUGCCGAACCCGCCGGUGCAGACGAUUGUGCUCGAGGUCUUGAGGAGGGCAAAAGACGGGAGGAUGUUGAUGCUAACACCAUCGCCGAUGGACUGAGAACUCCAGUCGGUGUGCUCAACUUCCCCAUCAUACAGGAGAAAGUCGAGCGAGUCAUCGUGGUCUCUGACGAGGAGGUCAUCGAAGCCAUGCGAUUGUUGUGGGAAAGGUUGAAAUUAGUAGUUGAGCCCAGCAGUGCUACAGCGUUCGCGGCUGUUCGAAAUCCAGCUUUCCGGGAGUUGGGUAUUAAGGGUCCCAUUGGAAUUAUCCUCAGCGGCGGCAACGUUGAUAUGUCGAAACCCUUACCCUGGGUUGUUCUUUAGCGUCCGAAUGACGGCGUAGUUGGCAUAUCGAUAUGCAGACAACAAUGACAAGGUCAGGUUCACGUCGACGAUUUGCCCUGUGGGCAUCAAGAACCCGAUAAUAGACACGGUCUCACGUGGACAUACUGACCUGUUUGCUUUAUUUCGAAUCAACGAGUGUGUCAUAUAAAGGUUCUUGACAACGAAUAUUUCUGUCGAGGGUAAUGCGUGUAUAGAUAGACAUGCUGUGAAAACGAUAGGUACAGGAUGGGUAGCGAUGUAGUAACCGGGAACCGUGAAAUGGUCGUGAGAGGUCGUAAAAGAAACAAAAUGGUUGACUAAAUACCCUACAUACUCUAAUCGUCCUCGUAGACUCAUUUGCCCAGGCUGGAGCGGAUUAUGUUCUGCAGGGAAUAGCCAUCGUCCUGAAGUUUGACAUUCAUUAACGACUAGAAUGGACUGAAGGAAUUCAGACCAUACCUGAUCCAGCGACCAAGUGAAACAGC